CUCGGACAAAAGAGCAGUCCAAACAAGGAUGUCCACCCUGCUAGUAGGUAACAAGAGAAAACCAUCCAAAGCUGCAAGUAUAAUAGUGAAAAUUGUGAUCUAUAUAUAGAGUUCAUUACGUUCAGUUUUUACUUGAACUUGAAAGUAGAAGAUGAAAAUUUUUCCGGCGGCCCCAUUGGAAUCCAGUCAGACAGGGCAGAGACGCAGAGAAUCCACAACGACACGAGGCAACGAGUCGAAGCCACACGCCGGCACGUGUAGUCUCAUGCCUUCCCUACAACUAACUCUCUCCCGCUUUUUCUUAAUAUCCAUCAUCUUCAACAACCUUUCCUUCUUUUUCUUCACCUUCUUGUCAAACCCUUCAUGCUAUAAAUAUAUCCACACAUCUGGUUUCACAAGCAAGCUUCAUUAAUUGGGAUAAGGCCAAGGGGGGUUGUUCUUCUUAAUUACAAGUAAAAACAUGGCGUGGAAUACUAGUUACUAUGGUGGUUUCAAAGAGCUGAGGCCAUUGUUUCACUUGCUGCUGCCUCUCUGUCUCCACUGGAUUGCUGAAGAAAUGACUGUUUCUGUUCUUGUUGAUGUUACCACUACUGCUCUCUGCCCCGCCCACUCCACUUGUUCUCAACCUAUCUAUUUCAAUGGUAUUCAACAAACGAUUGUUGGACUUUUCAAGAUGGUGGUGUUACCAGUUCUUGGUCAACUCGCAGAUGAGAAUGGUCGCAAACCACUGCUCCUCCUUACUGUAUCAACAAGCAUAUUCCCUUUUGCAUUACUUGCUUGGAAUCAGUCCAAGGGAUUUGUGUAUGCUUACUAUGUGCUACGUACAAUUUCAUAUAUUCUGAGUCAGGGGAGUAUUUUCUGCAUUGCCGUUGCUUACGUGGCAGAUGUAGUCAACGAAAAUAACAGGGCUGCAGUAUUUAGUUGGAUCACAGGUCUCUUCUCUGCGUCACAUGUGUUGGGAAAUGUUCUGGCCCGUUUUCUUCCUGAGAAGUACAUUUUCUCCGUUUCAAUAGCACUCCUGAUCUUUUGUCCAGUUUAUAUGCAAAUAUUUUUGGUUGAGACAGUUAAGAAAAUGGCCCCUCACGCGGACCAAGAUUUGUCUUGCCUGACCAAGAAAGUUGCAAUUAUUCAUAAACGAUAUGUGUCAAUGAGAGAUGCUGCAAAAGUAGUUAUGAGCAAUUCAACACUGAGGAGAAUUUCUUUGGUUUCCUUCUUCUAUGAAAUGGGAAUGUCUGGCAUCAGUGCUGUAUUACUGUACUAUCUGAAGGCAAGUUUUGGUUUUGACAAAAAUCAACUCUCAGAGAUCCUAAUGAUGGUGGGAAUUGGCUCAAUUGUCUCUCAGAUGUUGGUGCUUCCUUUAAUCAAUCCAUUAGUUGGAGAGAAAGUGAUACUGUGCAUAUCCUUGUGUGCAUCAAUAGCAUAUGCGGUGCUCUAUGGCUUGGCUUGGGCUUCAUGGACUUACACAAUAAUUUCAAAAGCGUCAAGGUUAUCUGAUCAGGGAAAGGUGCAAGGAUUUAUAGCUGGUGUGCAGUCCAUAUCAAGCCUGCUGUCUCCCAUUGCAAUGAGUCCAUUGACAUCAUGGUUUCUGUCUAGCAAUGCGCCUUUCAACUGCAAAGGAUUUAGCAUAAUAUGCGCAUCCAUAUGCAUGGUGAUAUCCCUUUGUCAUGCAUGCAAGCUUGAUACUGACUCGUGCUCUAAAGACGACGCUGAAGCACCACUUCUCACUGAUGUAUAACUUAUGCUCAUCCUGUAAACGAUGUGUAAUUAUUUUGGAUACCUAGAGUAACAUUUGAUUUUUAUUAGUGUAAAUAAAAUGCUGUUUUUCUCCAAAAUCUUGAUUUUUCCAAGAUCCAGAGCCUGUACUGCAAAACACAUAAAGCUGUCAAAUGAUGAUCACUAAUCCAGCAGAUUGGUGGGUGAUUCAGUCCGUUCCCCGUCA